AUGAGCAAGUGUGCGCCAGAGCACCAGGUCACUUACAUUUCUGGACUAUUCCUAGACGGAGCUUUGUCGUGGUGGAACCUCCAGGUUCAGACUCUAGGUGAGGCUGCAGCGUAUGGUAUGACUUGGGAUGAGAUGAAAGAACUGAUGCGCAAGAAGUACUGUUCAAGGACAGAGAUUCAGAAGUCGGAAAUUGAGUUCUGGAAUCUGAAAAUGGAUGGACCUAAGAUUGCUGAGUAUGUACAGAGAUUCCAUAACCUGUCUCGUGUUGUCCACUACAUGGUAGAGCCAGAGUUCAAGCGAGUUGAACGUUUCAUUUGGGGAUUAACACCCCAAAUUAUGAGCAUAGUGACUACUUCCAAGCCUCCAACGAUCACUAAAGCCAUUGAUUUGAGCGUGGCAUUGACUGAAGAAGCAAUUAGGUUGAACAAGUUUUCAAUCUCUGAGGGAAAGAAGAAGGAGACUCAUGUCGAGUCAUCAGGAGAGAACAAGAGGAAGUUCUCGAAUUUUAAGAAGGGUACCCAAGGAAAUAACAACAGUGGUAACAAGAGAAGAGAUGCUAAUCCACUAGCCGAGGUCAGGACUGGUGCUACAAGUUCUGAGAACAAAGGGAAAGGUUACAUGGGCACCCUGCCCAAGUGUGAUAUUUGUCAGCAUCAUCACACAGGGCGAUGUAGGUAUGGGAAAUGUGAGAACUGUGGCAAGGUAGGGCAUGCCAGGGAGGCGUGCUGGUACGGUACUGGACGAAGAAAUAGAGGAUCUGGUGGAAAUGGUAAUGGAAACCGUGGUGGAAACGGUAAUAGGAAUCAGAUUGGGAAUCGUAAUCAAGGAGGAAAUGGAAAUUUCGCUGGAAAUGGAAAUCGUGGUGGUUCUGGAAAUCAAGAUGGGAACGGAAACCGUGGAGCAAACAACAACCAGGGCGGAAAUGGAAAUGGAAAUGGGAAUGGUUGA